UAUGGAUGUAAUAUCUGGAGUGUAUAUUGAAAACUCUACCCAAUAAACAUUACAUUGCAAAAAAGAAAAAGACACCCAUGGUUUCUCUGACCUUCUGUUAUUUCCCACCAGGGUGUUGACGUCAUGUUGUUUUGGUUCAAAGCAGCACUGAGGACUUUCCUUAUUGUUAGAGUAAUGAGGACUUUGACUUGUGGUUUACUGUCACAGCUUUAUAGACGCACAGUAAAAGUCUGCUGACUGCUGAAACUCUGAUAGUUAUAAGAAGUUAGAGGAAGGAGAAGAAGAAAAAACUCUCACAUCUCUCUUACUGGAUAAUUAAUCAAGAAUGUAACCUUAAUUUUAAACAGGUUGGCCCAUAAAUUUGAAUUGGAUAUUUCUUUUGAUUUUUUUGUCAAGACAUACCUGCUGGAAUGACAGACAUUCUUGGGAAUAACUUGAGUGCAAGAUGAAGUUCCUGCUGGGAUGAACUGGGAUUAAAAGUAAUGAUGGACAUCUGAAUCAGAUCAGCACUUCUAAACCCACCUGGUGAUACACUACCCAACCCAUACAGCCCACAUCACACAGGGAGCAGAGAUGGGGACGGUUAAAGAAUUGCUUUUGGAAACACUGGAAAAUUUGGGACAUGAGGAGCUAAAAUCUUUCAAGUGGUACCUGCAGCUGCCUGAGGUCCACGAUGGCUUCUCCCCAAUCCCAAAGUUCCAGCUAGAUAAGGCAGACAUGCUGGACACAGUGAAUUUGAUGGUGCAGAAAUACAACCAACAGGCUGCGGAGGUGGCCAAGAAGGUUUUAGGGAAGAUGAGCAGAAAUGAUCUGGUGCAGCAUUUGUCAAACAGCAGUUCAGAGCUAAAAGGGAAUGUCAGUGAUGUUGUAGAGCCUACAGAGGACACAGGAGCUUCCCCUCUUCAACCACAGGCCUCUCCUGUUCCUCACCCUCUCACCAAGAGCAGUCAACCUGAAGAUAUGAAUAUUGCAGUGCCAGAGCCUCCAGAACAGAUCAUACUAUACCAACGCACACUCCAAUCUUACCUCCAGAGCAAGUUUAUGUGUGCUCGAGAGGGCAUGACAGAGAGGACAGAUGAGCAGUGUCUGGUUGACAUCUUCACAGAGCUGUUCAUCACAACCGGGGGGGAAAUACACAUCAAUGAACAGCAUGAGGUAAUGCAGAUUGGGAUGCCAAAGGGGAGGGUAGCAGUGACAGAGAAACCAAUUGAACCAAGUAACAUAUUCAAAAGCCCUACUGGAAAUCACAAACCCAUACGAACAGUGCUGACGACUGGAGUUGCAGGAAUUGGCAAAACAUUUCUUGUGCAAAAGUUUGUGUUGGACUGGGCUGAGGGAAGAAAGAAUCAAGAUGUGCACCUUAUAUUCCCCUUCACUUUCCGCGAACUGAAUUUACUGAAGGGAGAAAGAUUUCGUUUGGCAGAGCUUAUCCACACAUGUAUCUGGGAAACCAAAGCCAUCACGGAGAAGAAACUUCAUGACAUCUUCACAAAACUACAGGCAUCAGGAAACCGUGAUUUUAACAAGAGUAAAUUUAAACUUCUGUUUGUGUUGGAUGGACUGGAUGAAAGCCGCCUUCAGCUGGACUUUACUCGCAGUGAAAAGCUGCCAGCUGACUUCGAUGUGACACAGUUAACCUCAGUGGAUGUGCUGCUGACAGCCCUCAUCAAGGGCAAACUGCUUCCCUCUGCUCGCGUCUGGAUAACCACAAGGCCUGCAGCGGCCAGUCAGAUCCCUCGAGACUUUGUACACAGCAUGACAGUGGUGAGAGGAUUCACUGAUCCUCAGAAGGUGGAGUACUUCAGGAAGAGAUUCCCAGAUGAAAAGCAAGCCAGCAGAAUUAUCUCCCACAUCAAGGCAUCUAGAAGCCUCUUCAUUAUGUGCCACAUCCCAGUUUUCUGCUGGAUCACUGCUACAGUUCUGAAGGAUGUUUUGAAUACCAAAACGCAGGCAGAGCUACCCAAAACCCUGACUGAGAUGUACACAGAAUUCCUGGUGUUUCAGAUCACCCUGACAGAAGAGAAAUAUGGCACAAAAAAGAGCAUUCAGUACAUCCAGUCAUUAGCAAAGCUAGCUUUUCACCAGCUGGAGAAAGGCAACCUGAUCUUCUAUGAGAAAGACCUGAAAGACAGUGGCAUCAAUUUCCGUAAAGCCUCACUGUACUCUGGAGUUUUCACAGAGGUCUUUAAAGAGGUGCGCAGGUGGAAGAAGGAUAAUGACAAGGGCAAGAUGUUCAGCUUUGUCCAUCUGAGCCUUCAAGAGUAUCUGGCUGCCCUUUAUGUGGUGAUGUCACUCAUUAAUGACAACAAGAAUGUACUGUCUAAGCCAGAGCUAACACUGGAAAGUCUGUGGAUGCUUUGCAAGAGAAAAUCCAUAACAGAAGUCCAUGAGAUUGCAAUUGACAAAGCCUUACAGAGUCCAAAUGGACACCUGGACUUGUUCUUACGCUUCCUCCUGGGUCUUUCCCUGCAGACCAAUCAGGAUCUUCUUAAGUACUUGUUGAAGAUGACAAAAGGGUUCUCUCAGACCAACCACAAAACAAUCCAGUCCAUCAAGGAAAGGAUCAGAGAGAAUACAUCUCCAGAGAGGAGCAUCAAUCUGUUCUACUGUCUAAAUGAGCUGAAAGAUGAUUCUCUAGAGGAGGAGAUCCAACAGUACCUGAGUUCAGGAAGUCUUUCCACAGACCAACUCUCUCCUGCUCUCUGGUCAGCUCUGGUCUUCAUCUUACUGUCAUCGGAAGAAGCGCUGGAGGUGUUUGACCUUAAAAAAUACUCUGCUUCAGAGGAGGGUCUACUGAGGCUGCUGCCAGUGGUCAAGGCAUCCAACAAAUCUCUGCUGAGUGGCUGUAAUCUGUCAGAGAACAGCUGUAAAGCUCUGGCCUCAGUUCUCAGCUCUCAAUCUUCUAAACUGAGAGAGCUGGACCUGAGUGACAACGACCUGCACGAUUCAGGAGUGAAGCUCCUCUCUGCUGGACUGGAGAGUCCACACUGUGCCCUGCAAACUCUCAGACUGUCAGGCUGUAUGAUCACAAAGGAAGGCUGUGCUUCUCUGGCCUCAGCUCUGAAGUCCAACCCCUCCCACCUGAGAGAGCUGGACCUGAGCUACAAUCAUCCAGGAGACUCAGGAGUGAUGCAGCUGUCUGCUGGACUGAAGGAUCCACAAUGGAGACUGGAAACUCUCAACCUCGACCAUGGUGGAGAGCAAAGAUUGAAACCUGGUCUGAAGAAAUAUGUCUGUGAACUCACACUGGAUCAAAACACUGCACACAGAAACCUCAAACUGUAUGACAACUGCAUGAAGGCGACAACCGUAAAAGAGGAGCAGCCAUAUCGUCAUCACCCAGAAAGAUUCGACUGCUGGCUUCAGGUGCUGUGUAGCACUGGUCUGACUGGUCGCGGUUACUGGGAAGUUGAGUGGGAAGGCAAGGUUUAUAUAGCAGUGACAUAUGGAGGAAUCAGACGGAAAGGAGAGGGAGCUGAUGGCUGUCUUGGAGCGAAUGACCACUCCUGGAUGCUGCUCUGUGAUGACGAUGGUAGUUAUUCUGUCCGGCAUGAAGACAGAGCUACACCCAUUCGUCCCUGGUCGUCUCCUGCGUCUAACAGAGUGGCAGUGUUUCUGGACUGUCCUGCUGGCAUGCUGUCCUUUUACAAAGUGGCCUCUGACAAACUGAUUCACAUCCACACUUUCCACUCCACAUUCUCUGAGCCUCUUUAUCCUGCAUUUGGGUUUGGGUAUGGAUUUGAUUGCUUCGGUUCCUCAGUAUCCUUAUGUGAGGUGGAAGACAACAUCUUCUCCACCCACUGUUGACUGAAGAAAGUUGUUGAAACUCUGGUUCACUCUGCACUGGAAACAAGAUCUUACACUAAGUUUUCAUGCAACUGAUUAAUCAGUAACCUCAUUUCUGAAACAUUAUGUAAAAGAGAGACCUGGUUUCAGUUAUGAUGAAAAACCUGGUAACAGUACUGGACUGAUUUCUAUGGGCAAGCCCUUUUAUGUGUCCAGUAACACAGUGUAGGCUAUCUGCAUGUCAACAAUGUAUUCAUUAAAAGAGUAUUCAUGAAAUACUGAUGUAGCAUGUCACCAAAUCCAACUCCAUGACAACUGAGCAAACUACAUUCAGUGAUGAAGACCAUGUGAUAUGUAUCGUAGAAAAGGUUUCAGUCGUAGUCAUCUGGACACUGUUUUCAGAAUCGAGACGUAAACAGUGUCCAGAUGACUACGGCUGAAACCUUUUCUACGAUAGAACACUCCUGGACGAAUGAGGGUCUACACCGUCUUACCAUGUGAUAUGGCUCCAGAUAAAGCUUUCCAUAAAGUGGAAAUUGAGUUGGUAUUGUUUUUUUGAACUUUUUAUGACAUGCUCACAGUAUAUUUAAUAUCUUUCAGAGAUUACAUAACAUUGUUAAAAGAAUAUUCCACUGAAAAUAUAUUCUCUGAGUAUCAAAUACUCACCCGGUGUAGACUGAUGCUCAGUAUGUUCCAAACACUUAUAUUUUUGUUAGUAAAAUGAGAGACAAAUUAAAUUUAAAGUUCAAAGUAAUUCACUGAGGAUGAUUUGUAAACCUAAGAUUGUGAGCCUUUACCUGCAAGAGUGAAAAACAAGACAGCCAUGCUAGCUGUACUUGUAAUGCUGUACUUUGAGCUAAAUGCUAAUGUCAGCAUGCUAACAUUCUCACAAUGAUGAUGCUAACAGGCUGAUGCUAUGCAGGUAUAAUGUGUAAUAUGUUCACAAUGUUAGUUUAAUGUGUUAGCAUGCUAACGUGCUAAUUAGCACUAAACACAAAGUCAAACAAAAUGUCAUUAGUUUUACAGGUAUUUGGUCAUAAACCAAACCAGUACUUAACAAGUUAAUUUUAACCUGAUGAUGCCGUUAGAUAAAAAAGUCUGAGGGGAAUGUGAAUGUCUGAACCACUUUGCAUGGCAAUCCAUUAAAAUAGUUGUUGAGAUAUUUCACUCAAAAACACAAACAACAACCUCAUGGUGGCACUAGAUGAGAAGUCAGGGGAUCAUAAAAGUCACUAAGAUUCAUCUUCUGGAGACCAUGAAUAUCUAGACCAAAUUUCAUGUCAAUCCAUACAAACGUUGUUGAGACAUAAACAUAAAAUCACAAAUUAUUAUUGUGGCUAUGGAACUAUUUGUCAGGCUCUUUAUUUUUUGUUGUCUUUGAAAAAAUAAAUGCAGAACUGUUUUGCCUAUAUUCAA